AUGGUAGAUCUGACCGAGGAACGUGUUGUACAGUACUUACGUGACAAUCCUUCGGUACUCGAAAAUUACGUGACGGGACCCAACGUCUCAGCAGAAACGUUUCAAAAAUGGGUACAUCGCCGAAAUAAUUGGAAUCAUCUACGACGGGAUGCCAGAAAGGCCUUCGACGGGCCAUGGGGAUCUGAGGAUUUGGAAUCGAGGAGACGUAUUAUCUUGGAUCACGGGGAUGAUCAGGUCCGCAUACUCUACGAACUGGCACAAUGUUGUGCACAAGUCGCCAACACCGAUUUGUGCGAGCUGUACAUCCAAGACGAAGAGGGCGUUUACCUCGUCCAAAGGGAAUCUGGUGACCAAUCUCAAAUCAAGCUGCGUAAGGUAAAACGAGCUCGAAGGAAUCCGAUGCAUAUGUUGAAACUGGUUGAUGUCAACGAAACCAAUAUAGGAGAAAUUCACUUCAAUUCACAUGUAUCUGAACGGGACAAGCAGAUCAUCAACAUCAUCUGCACAUGGGCUGGUGGAUCGCUUCAUCAUGCUCAGGUGGCAAGUCAGCUUGAACGAACCGGUAGCAGCUCAGAAGUGUUUGCCAGACAACGUCGGCUGAAUUCAUUCCUUUUGGACGUGGCCAAAAGUAUUUUCCAAGAUAUCGUCUCAAUGGAUACCGUAAUCAUCAAAGUUAUGAAUUUUGCGGCAAAACUGGUCGAAGCUGAUCGGGCGUCGCUUUUCCUCGUGGACAGCAAAAAUCGCGAACUGUACGCCAGAAUUUUUGACGUUGGCAAAGAUAAUGAAGAGCUUGAAAAAAUUAAUAAAGAUGGAAGUAAAGAAAUAAGAUUCAGUAUGGAUCGAGGGAUAGCCGGUCAUGUAGCAUCGACCGGUGAAGGUCUAAAUAUCGAAGAUGCUUACGAGGAUGAACGAUUCAAUCCGGAAAUCGACUCGAAAACCGGUUACACCACCAAGACCAUUCUCUGCAUGCCGAUUUUCAUACGUGGAAGCGUUAUUGGUGUGGUACAGAUGGUGAACAAGCACGAAGGGGUGUUCACAAAAUCAGACGAAGACAGUUUCGAGGUGUUUGCCGUCUACUGCGGAUUAGCGCUACAUCAUGCAAAGCUCUACGAUAAGAUUCGACGUUCCGAGCAGAAAUAUCGCGUUGCUCUUGAAGUCUUGGCCUAUCACAGUGUCUGCAACAAGGAUGAAGUGGCAAAGCUACAGAAAAUGGAAAUCAAAGAUCGAGUCGAGGAAUUGGAAACGUUCGAAUUCAAUUACUUGCGGAUGUCAGAACUUGAAAAGCCUCUCUACGCUAUAGCGAUGUUCAAGACACUCUUCCAGGAAUCAUUCCGAUACGAUCGUGACGAGCUUAUUCGAUUUGUCUUAACGGUACGAAAGAACUACAGACGGGUCGCCUACCACAAUUGGGCACAUGGAUGGUCUGUAGCACAUGCGAUGUUUGUGGUCCUCAUGCAUCAUACGGCACGAGAUCUCUUCACUACACAUGAGGCUUUGGCUCUGUAUGUCUCUUGCCUAUGCCACGAUCUUGAUCAUCGUGGAAAGAGUAACGCCUACAUGAAAUCGAUGAUGACACCUUUGGCCAGUAUCUACACGACAUCUGUGAUGGAACAUCAUCAUUUCAACCAGACUGUCACUAUCUUACAGCAGGAAGGUCAUAACAUUCUGAAAUCAAUGACGUCAAAUGAGUAUAAGCAAGCUUUGUCACUGAUCAAACACUGCAUCCUGGCCACAGACUUGGCUCUAUUCUUCACUAACAAAGCGGAAUUGAAUAAAAUUGUCGACUCUGGUACGUACGACAUUAAGGAUGAACAUCAUCGGUGA